AUGUUUGAUCGCUUCAAAUCGAGAAGGUCGGUAGUCCAUUCUACCAAAGGUUUAGUCGCGUCUUCACAACCACUUGCAAAUGCUGCAGGAAUUCGAGUUUUGGAGAAAGGUGGGAAUUGUGUGGAUGCGGCUGUAGCGGUUUCGGCAGCCCUUUGUGUCACAGAACCUCCAUCAACUGGCAUCGGCGGAGACUGUUUUGUGUUGUUUUAUGAAAAAGACACAAAGAAAGUGCAUGGGCUCAAUGGAUGUGGGAAAUCUCCUCAGUAUACGUCCAUUGAUCGAGUCAGAAAGGAUAUUCCCACAGGCGCCAGAAUUCCGUAUGAGAGUGUACAUGCAGUGACAGUUCCUGGUGCAGUGGCAGGCUGGUUAGAUGCAAUUGAGCUCUGGGGCUCUGGAAAUGUGAAUAUUGCAGACAUUCUUCAACCAGCUAUCGAGUUGGCAGAAGAAGGGUUUCCUGUUUCAGAUAUUUCAGCGCAUUUGUGGCGAGAAGCUCUGGAAAAGUUGGUGAAGCAGAGCGGUGAUAAUGCGAAUAUGUUCGUGAAUGAAGAUGGAUCUUUUUGUGAGGCUGGACAAGUAUUCAGGAAUGUCCCCUUGGCUCGGAUUUUCCGUUUGAUUGCUCAGUACGGAAAGCGUGGAUUUUAUGAAGGUGAGGUUGCCGAUAAGAUAGUGAGCGAGAUCCAGCUGCGGGGCGGGUUCCUCGAGAUGGAGGAUUUGGCGAAUCAUACUUCAAAAAUCGUGGAUCCUAUCUGUAUGGACUUUGAAGGAAAAACCCUUUGGGAAAUUCCCCCUAAUGGCCAGGGAAUUGUUGCUUUACUAGCAUUGGGCUACAUCAAGGAAUUUAUCAAGCGCGAGAACAUUGACCUAAGGGAUUUAGGGCAUAACUCAACGGAAUACUUGAACAUACUCAUAGAAGCACUCAAACUUGCGUUCUACGACUCCGAGCACUUGGUGGCCGACACUGACUUCCAUAAGAUAGAUGUCGAAAGAGCCUUGAGUACUGAGUACUUAUCCCAGCGCUGUAAGCUCCUUCAAUCGCAAAGAAUUUUGACUCGUGAACACAUCGACGAAGUGCCAAAUCCAAUGUUCAAAUGUGACACAGUCUAUUUUUCUGUCGCAGAUAAGGAUGGGAAUGCUUGCUCCUUCAUUAAUUCAGUAUUUUCUUCCUUUGGAAGUGGUAUUAUCCCUGAAGGUUGCGGGUUUGCUUUACAGAGCCGCGGAGCUAACUUUAACUUGACAGAAAACGCUGUCAACUGCUUGGAAGGUGGUAAACGACCCUUUCACACCAUUAUACCUUCUCUUAUCACUGAAACAGAAAAUGGAGAACUAUUCGCGUCUGUUGCAUGUAUGGGAGGAUGGCAACAACCACAAGCACAUGUUCAGAUCAUGUUGAAUAUGACUGUGUUUGGCUUCAAUCCACAAGAAGCUCUAGAUGCUCCUAGAUUUUGUUUGGAACCCAACGAGGAGUACAGACAUCUAGACCGCGGGUUCGGCUCCUCGGGACCAAUUUCAACGCCUGCAACGCUUGUAAAUUUAGAGGAUGGUAUCAGCCCUGAUGUUGCCGAAGCCCUUGCUGAUAAGGGCCACGUUGUGAAAAUUGUAUCUGGAUACGAUAGAUCCAUCUUUGGAAGGGGGCAGUGUAUCUUGAACAACUCUACAAAUGAGCAAAUUGUGUGGUCAGGCGGAUCUGACCAAAGAGGCGAUGGAGCUGCCGUCCCUCAGUUGUGA